AUGUUCUUCAAGUUUAUAGUUUCUAUAUCGAUUGUCGUCCUGGUUUCUGCUGCUCGGAUUCCUGGGCCAGAGGAAAGAAUUGUGGGAGGCCACUAUAUACCCAUCGAAUAUGUUCCCUGGCAAGUGUCGCUGAUAAAUGAUACGAAUCACAACUGCGGUGGUGUCAUUCAUAGCGAUCGGGCUAUUCUAACUGCUGCUCACUGCCUAAGUAAUGUAAGAACUGAGAACUUAUUAGUUCGCGCUGGAUCCUCGCAUUGGAGAAAAGGCGGUCAGUUGGUGAAGGUUCUAAAAGCCAUACCCCAUGAGCAAUACUGUCCUUCCCUUCAAUCUAACGACGUUGCUGUGCUGAUUUUGGAGUCACCCCUUAAGUUCAACAGGAAGGUACAAAAAAUAGAUCUAGCUGAAGAAACUCCUCAAGAUGAAACUAUGACCUUGGUCUCAGGAUGGGGCCGUACACAAGCAAACGCUACAUACAGUUGGCCAAUACUACAAGGCGUCCAUGUGGCUUUACUUGAUCCCACAAAAUGUAAGGAAGUUUAUGGUAAGGACGUUAUUUGUGCCGACAAUCUUGGAAGGGGCAUAUGUAGUGGCGAUUCUGGCGGUCCUUUGGUUAACUUAAAAGAUCGGAAGCUUAUUGGACUAGUUUCCUGGGGAUAUGGCGGCUGUGCCCGCCGAAACCCUGGAAUUUAUGCUGAUGUAGCUUUCUUCCGAAACUGGUUCAAUAAGACAAUUAAUGAAAAUAUUCAGUCAAUCACCAGCGAUUGUAAGAAAUAA